GCGUUGCUCACUCCCCGGAGUUCUGAGCACGGAAGCCGGCGCCCCAGAAACUCGCCGCGCCGCGCGGCGUCGGGUUGCUACCACCUAUCACGACCCUCACCCUCAGACUCUCCUCCUUUCGCGGCCGACCCCGCCGCCGGCUUCCGCUCCCUUCCGCCCUCCCUCCCUCCCUCCCUCGCUCCCCUUUCCCGGCGUCUCCAGGCUCCCAGCAACUAGCCGCCUCCGGGCUGUCACGGCCCUGGCGGGCGCCCGCCGGGUCUCCCAGCCGUGCUCGGCCCCUCGCGAGCUGGGGCCCCUUCCUGUGGCCCGUACCCCAACCCCUCCCCACCCCCUCCCAGCCGCCCCAUCCCCUCCCUGGCCGCUGAGAGCGCGUCUGCGGCUCCAGGGGAGGGACCGUUUCCUAAUCUCAGGCCGAGGUUAAAGUUCUGGUCCUGGUGAGAUGCUGGAAGCUGCGGCCAGAGCCGCAACCCGCCCUGGAGGUGACCUGUCGCUUAUCGUCGCCGCCGCCGCUGCUGCCGCCACUGCCGCCCGGCCGGGGCCAUGUUCGCUCUGGGCUUGCCCUUCUUGGCACUCUUGGUGGCCUCGGUCGAGAGCCAUCUGGGGGUUCUGGGGCCUAAGAACGUCUCGCAGAAAGACGCCGAGUUUGAGCGCACCUACGUGGAUGAGGUCAACAGCGAGCUGGUCAACAUCUACACCUUCAACCAUACUGUGACCCGCAACCGGACAGAGGGCGUGAGAGUGUCCGUGAAUGUCCUGAACAAGCAGAAGGGGGCUCCUUUGCUGUUUGUGGUCCGCCAGAAGGAGGCGGUGGUGUCCUUCCAGGUGCCCCUGAUCCUGCGAGGGAUGUUUCAGCGCAAGUACCUCUACCAAAAGGUGGAACGAACGCUGUGUCAGCCCCCCACCAAGAAUGAGUCCGAGGUCCAGUUCUUCUACGUGGAUGUGUCCACCCUGUCACCAGUCAACACCACGUACCAGCUCCGCGUCAGCCGAAUGGAUGACUUCGUGCUCAGGACCGGAGAGCAGUUCAGCUUUAAUACCACGGCGGCGCAGCCCCAGUACUUCAAGUAUGAGUUCCCGGAAGGAGUGGACUCAGUCAUUGUCAAGGUGACCUCCAACGAGGCCUUCCCCUGCUCAGUCAUCUCCAUCCAGGAUGUCCUGUGCCCUGUCUAUGACCUAGACAACAACGUAGCCUUCAUUGGCAUGUACCAGACUAUGACCAAGAAGGCAGCCAUCACCGUGCAGCGCAAAGACUUCCCCAGCAACAGCUUUUACGUGGUAGUGGUGGUGAAAACUGAAGACCAAGCCUGUGGAGGCUCCCUGCCUUUCUACCCCUUUAUAGAAGAUGAACCGGUCGAUCAGGGGCACCGCCAGAAAACCCUGUCAGUGUUGGUCUCUCGAGCAGUCACGUCCGAGGCCUACGUUGGCGGUAUGCUCUUUUGCCUGGGCAUAUUUCUCUCCUUCUACCUGCUUACCGUGCUCCUGGCCUGCUGGGAGAACUGGAGGCAGAGGAAGAAGAGCCUUCUGGUGGCCGUGGACCGAGCCUGCCCAGAAAGUGCUUCUCUCCUUGGUCACCCUCGGGUCCUGGCUGAUUCCUUCCCUGGCAGCUCCCCGUACGAGGGCUACAACUACGGCUCCUUUGAGAAUGGUUCCGGUUCCACUGGAUCCACCGACGGUCUGGUUGGCAGCGCGGGCCCUGGGGACCUCUCCUACAAUUACCAGGACCAUUCCCUUGAUCCUGUGGGCACCCGGCCACGACUGGACUCCAUGAGCUCUGUGGAGGAGGACGACUAUGACACAUUGGCCGACAUCGAUUCAGACAAGAAUGUCAUUCGCACCAAGCAAUACCUCUGCGUGGCUGACCUGGCACGCAAGGACAAACGCGUCCUGCGGAAAAAGUACCAGAUCUACUUCUGGAACAUUGCCACCAUUGCUGUCUUCUAUGCACUUCCUGUGGUGCAGCUGGUGAUCACCUACCAGACGGUGGUGAAUGUCACAGGGAACCAGGACAUCUGCUACUACAACUUCCUCUGCGCCCACCCUCUAGGCAACCUCAGCGCUUUCAACAACAUCCUCAGCAACCUGGGGUACAUCCUGCUGGGGCUGCUCUUCCUGCUGGUCAUCCUGCAGCGGGAGAUCAACCACAACCGGGCCCUGCUGCGCAACGACCUCUACGCCCUGGAAUGUGGGAUCCCCAAACACUUUGGCCUCUUCUAUGCCAUGGGCACGGCCCUGAUGAUGGAGGGGCUACUUAGCGCUUGCUAUCACGUCUGCCCCAACUAUACCAAUUUCCAGUUUGACACGUCAUUCAUGUACAUGAUCGCGGGGCUCUGCAUGCUGAAGCUGUACCAGAAGCGGCACCCAGACAUCAACGCCAGUGCCUACAGCGCCUAUGCCUGCUUGGCCAUCGUCAUUUUCUUCUCUGUGCUGGGCGUGGUCUUCGGCAAAGGGAACACAGCAUUCUGGGUCAUCUUCUCGGUCAUUCACAUCAUUGCCACCCUGCUCCUCAGCACACAGCUCUAUUACAUGGGCCGCUGGAAGCUGGACUCGGGGAUCUGCCGUCGCAUUCUCCACGUGCUCUACACGGACUGCAUCCGGCAGUGCAGCGGGCCCCUCUACGUGGACCGCAUGGUGCUGCUGGUUAUGGGCAACAUUAUCAACUGGUCACUGGCUGCCUAUGGGCUCAUCAUGCGUCCCAAUGAUUUUGCCUCCUACUUGUUGGCCAUUGGCAUCUGCAACCUGCUUCUUUACUUUGCCUUCUACAUCAUUAUGAAGCUCCGGAGCGGGGAGAGGAUCAAGCUCAUUCCCCUGCUCUGUAUCAUCUGCACCUCGGUGGUCUGGGGCUUUGCACUCUUCUUCUUCUUCCAGGGGCUCAGCACCUGGCAGAAAACCCCUGCAGAGUCACGGGAGCACAACCGGGACUGCAUCCUCCUCGACUUCUUUGAUGACCACGACAUCUGGCACUUCCUCUCCUCCAUCGCCAUGUUUGGGUCAUUCCUGGUGUUGCUGACACUGGACGACGACCUGGACACAGUGCAGCGGGACAAGAUCUACGUCUUCUAGUGGGAGCCGGGCCCCUUGCUUCUCUCACUGGGCCCUUAGCUCCUCUGCCGCACUGCCCAGAGCCUCCGUAGUGCCAGGGGCGUGAGUCCCAGCCCUGCUGCCCAGUGCCAGGUGGCCAUGGGACAGCGAGGUCCAGCCCAGGCUUGGCCUGGGACAGUCACAGGGUGGCCUUGAGCCUUGUUCCUGCCCUCUGCUGGGGAGGAGGCCUGCUCCCCUGAAACCCUGGAUGUUGGCCAAAUUGCUGUUUUCUUCUCAGUAUUGGGGCCCUCCACAGGUCCCCGUCCGUCAGCUCUCUGUUUGUCAUCUGCAGAAGAAAGGAGGGAAGUGUUGCCUGCCCAUCUCAUGCCUUGCCAUUCUGCCCACCCUUCCCCUCCCCCCUGGCCUGGGACCCAAAGCCCUUUCUUCUUCCCCGAGCUUCCACUCCAGGGCCCUGGUCUGGGGCCUGAUUCUCUGUCCUGCACCAGGGUUCUCUCCACUACUCCUGGGUCUGCACCUGGCUGCCAUCACUGCCCACUCAGCUCAGCCAGGAUGGAUGGGGCUGUCGGAUUUUGGGGACCGGCCAGCUGGUGCUGGGCUUUUGGUGCUAAGGCCUGCGAGGGGUCCCAGGCAGUGCUGCCUCCUACCUCUGACCUGUGCUCAGGGCUGGCUCUUUAGCAACGAGCGUCAGCCCACAUUGUCAGAACCACCUUUGAUCGAAGGACUGAAUUCAGAGGUCACUUUCGUAUCCCGUCAGCUCCCAGACUGAUGUUGGCACCAGGAUUGGAGGGAAAAAGCAACUCACUUUCCUUCCCUUCCUUUUUCUUUCCAGGCCCUUAGUCCUGCCAAGCCCCAGUUGGGGGCCUUUCAGUGCCAUUGACCCUGCCCAAGAAUGUCCAGAGGCGAAGGAGGGGAGAUACAAAGAGCCCAGCCCGGCCCGCCUCCUCCACGGCCACGGGAGCCCCAGUGCCUAUCUUAGAAAGGGGCUCAGGGAAGGGACAUGACAUUCCCCUCUAUGUCCCUGGUCCAGCCUCACUCUAGGACCCAGGGCUGGCUUCUAAGUUUCCGUCCAGUCUUCAGCCAAGUUCUGUGUCAGUUGCACACAUGCACACAUAUGAAAUCUUGGAGUUUACACUGAGUUGCCCCAGCUCUGGUUCCCCUGGCUGCUCUGCGCCUUGGAUCCUCUUCGCCCUACCUGGUCUGUUCUAGAUGCCAAGGUCGGGGGAGGUCAGGUCGGGCCUCUGCCUUGGGGAUGGGAAUGUGUUUUAUUCUCCUCAGUUUGUUUUUAUAGCUCUCCUUUGGGCUGGGGAGAGGAGGAGGGAGGGUCUGGAUCUUUUUUCAGAGCUCCGUUUAAUGUCUGUUUCCAUGCUAUGGUUGCAUUUCUGUUUUCUAUGAAUGAGUCUGCAUUCAAUUAAAGAAACAACCAGAUGCA